AUGGCUAUUAUCCAGCAACGGCAAUCCCUGAACGAAGUGGAGAAUCUCUACUUUGCUCAUUCGCAUCAACGAGGUCCCAAGUUUCUACCUCCCUCUAUGGUAGCUACAACCACACAGACGGAAGUGCCACAGCCGACGGCGGGCUCCACGGGCGCUAAUGCCCAAGCUCCCUUCUCUUUCUUUCCGCGGACGACUUCGAGUGUACGAUUACCGGAGGCCAACAGAGCUUCUACGAGUACUCCACCUAGUGGCGUUCAAUCCUCCGGGUCUUCACAAACUCAGACGCCCGUUCUCUCUUCUGCAGUCCCUUCAACUUCUACAUCAAUCCGCCCAAUUGCUACCAGCACGAAUGGGAAUGCUUCAUCAUCAUUUACACAACUACCUCCCACACCUACGUCUCCAAAUAGGCCACCUCCAACUGCUACAGUUCCCCAAACUACUUCACACUACACCGGAACCUUUGGCGUUUACACUUCGCCUUCCACUUCAACACCAAGGGAUUCUACUCCAACAUCAGCUUCCAUGUACCCAACCAUGAUCGUCCCUCCAUCACCAUCCAGAGCUCGCGCGAAACUACCCACAAAAUCUCCAGCCUCCCAACCUCCGUCUCAUCAUUACAGAGACAGGUUCAGCUAUACCUUGGCCACCUCGGGGACUGCCAUGACCUACGAUGCAUUCUGGUCAACACAUUCUUCGCCUCGUCCUGCUGUGACAGCGACACCUCCCACUCGCAGUGUGGUCUCGCCCUCGUCAACCAGUUCGUCCGGUCCACCCGCUAAUCCCGUCGCAUGA